AUGACGCAAGGUGUUAGAGAUCAGAUUCACUUCCCAGAGGACAGAGAGCGAAGUGGCAGACUUCUUCUUUCCUCACCUGAUCAUGGAGUCCAGAUUCCAGAAGAACAUUCUGUUAGAGAGCAGCACCUGAAUCUGGAGGAUUUAAAAGAGAGAGCUCAACACUUAUCUAACAGAUAUCUGAUUAAAACCAACAUCCCUUCAUACCCUCGACCAGAGUUUCAUGUGCGUCAUGUGAAACACGACACCAACACAAAUGGAUUACGUGGCAUCAGGAGCGAUAAUGGCUUCAAGAACCCGUUUGAAGACGGUCUGCUGUGGUGGACUCUGUCUGUGGGAGCUGAUGAGAUACAAUCAGCUGAGCAGUUGCUUCUGGAGAACACCUACCUGGACCAGACGGAGGAGCAGGCCCGGACGCAGCAGAGCUUCCUGGGGAAGUUUGCCACCUCCCCGGCCUUCAAGAAGACCUCCAGGAUGGGCUCGUACCGCUUCACCUUCCCCCUGGAGGAGCUGCUGGAGGCCUACAGACAGCAGUUCUGCCGCGGCGCUCAACCCGUCAUGCGGGUGUACGAGACCGUCCUGUACAAACAGGAAGUGAUGUACGCUGUGCUGGUCCACAGUCCGACCAAUCAGGAUCAGUUCUCAGGUUAUCCUCUGCUGACUGACGACACAAACGCUGGCUGCACUUAUGGAGACGGCUGCUUCAUCUGUUGACAUGUUGUGGCCCGACUGUCUCUCACCACUGGAGGGAGA